GUGGUAAAAAUGGUGCAGAAGUACCAGUCCCCAGUUCGAGUCUACAAAUACCCCUUUGAGCUCGUCAUGGCAGCCUACGAGAAGCGGUUCCCGUGCUGCCCGCAGCUGCCGGUGUUCCUGGGCAGUGAGGUGCUGCAGGAGUGGCGCAGCCCGGACGGAGCCAUCCACGUGGUGGAGCGCAGCUGCAGGCUCAACGUCGACGCUCCCAGGCUGCUCAAGAAGAUGGCCGGGGUGGAGCACGUCGUCUUCAUCCAGAAGAACACAGUCAACUGGCGGGAUAGGACCCUGCGCAUCGAGGCCCACAACGAGACCUUCGCCAACCGUGUGGUGGUCCUGGAGACCUGCAGCUACUCCGUUCACCCAGAGAAUGAGGAGUGGACCUGCUUUGAGCAGUCUGCAUCUCUGGACAUCAAAUCCUUCUUUGGCUUCGAAAGCACCGUGGAGAAGAUCGCCAUGAAGCAGUACACCUCCAACAUCAAACGGGGCAAGGAAGUGAUCGAGCACUACCUGAAGGAGCUGAUCUCCCAGGGGAUCACCUUCAUCCCCCGCUGGACACCUCCCCCAGCCAGCUGUGGGCAGCAGGAGGAGCAGAGCCAAGCUGGUGGGCACCAUCCUGCUGCUGAACCACUCGAGUCUGGGGCUCAUGGAAGUACCAAAGAGCAGAGUGGCAGCUGCUGCCCUGCAGCUGAAGCUGUCAGCCCUGAUGCCGACAAGCUGGACGCUGACUACAUUGAGCGGUACCUGGGGCAGCUGAGCCCCCUGCAGGAGAGCUGCUUGAUCCGCCUGCGGCGCUGGCUGCAGGAGACACACAAGGGCAAGAUCCCCAAGGAUGAGCACAUCCUGCGCUUCCUGCGGGCUCGCGACUUCAACCUGGAGAAGGCUCGGGAGAUGCUGUGCCAGUCGCUGGCCUGGCGCAAGCAGUACCAGGUGGAUUACAUCCUGCAGUCCUGGAGGCCCCCAGCCCUGCUGGAGGAGUACUACACAGGAGGCUGGCACCACCAGGACAGAGAUGGACGACCUCUCUACAUCCUGCGCCUUGGCCAGAUGGACACCAAGGGGCUGGUGAAGGCCCUGGGGGAGGAGGCCCUGCUGAGACACGUUCUGUCCAUUAAUGAGGAAGGCCAGAGGAGGUGUGAGGAGAACACCAACACCUUUGGCCGCCCCAUCACGUCCUGGACAUGUCUGGUGGACUUGGAAGGGCUGAACAUGAGGCACCUCUGGCGGCCUGGAGUCAAGGCCCUGCUCCGGAUCAUUGAGGUGGUGGAGGACAACUACCCUGAGACCCUGGGCAGGCUGCUGAUAGUCAGAGCUCCCAGGGUCUUCCCUGUACUCUGGACUCUGGUCAGUCCCUUCAUCAAUGACAACACCAGGCAGAAGUUCCUCAUUUACAGUGGCAAUAACUACCAGGGGCCUGGGGGCCUGGUGGACUACGUGGACAGAGAUGUGAUCCCAGACUUCCUGGGAGGAGAAUGCAUGUGCACUGUCCCAGAAGGAGGCCUGGUCCCCAAGUCCCUUUACCAAAGGGAGGAGGAGGUGGAGAGCUCCGACCACAUCCGCCUCUGGACUGAGACCAUCUACCACUCUGCCAGCCUGCUCAGGGGAGCCCCUCACGAGAUAGUUGUGGAGAUUCUGGAAGGGGAAUCUGUCAUCACCUGGGACUUUGACAUCCUGAAGGGGGAUGUGGUCUUCAGCCUCUUCCACUCCAAAAGAGCUCCUGAAGCAGGUCAGAAGGAAGCCCAAGGGCCCAGCAGCUCUGCUGGGGACAACUCUCAGCUGAUUGAGAAGAGCUGGGUGCUGGGGGUGGACUACAGCCUGGUGGAGUCCCCUCUGGUGUGCAGGGAGGGGGAGAGCAUCCAGGGCUCCCAUGUCACCCGCUGGCCUGGCUUCUACAUCCUGCAGUGGAAGGUGCACAGCCCCCUGCCCUGCUCCAGCAGCAGCCUCCCAAGGGUUGAUGAUGUCCUGGCCUCCCUGCAAGGCUCCACUCACAGGUGCAAGCUCAUCUACUACUAUGAAGUGCUGGCAUCCAAGGACUUCAGGGGCUCCAUGUCAAGCCUGGAAUCUUGCACCAGCGGCUUCUCCCAGCUGAGUGGAGCCACCACAUCCUCCAGCCAUUCCCAGAGCAGCUCCCACCUUUCCAGAUAGCAG